GUGACAGGACUUUGUCUUCUGUUAACACAGAGGACAUUUUGUUCCAUAGACUUUAGGGCGGAAUUUUUGUUUUAUAUCGCCUCGCAUUUCCAGUUGUUCAGGUAUAUUUCAGUCAACUGAACUCCAGUUUCUAAAAAUCCAAAACAGCUGACAUAUUGACCGAGAACUAUACAGUACCUGGCCUUUUUUUUUUUAAGUAACAAUGAUAAUCUACUUAUUAAUUAUUUUUUUAAAUUCCACUUUCUUAUUCCUGUUCAUAGUUUCCAAGAGCAUUAGACCAUCUCCACUGAUAUUACUCUAGGUUUCUCGUCUUGUUUGACAGGCUCAGCAAGUCAUACGUACAGUAAAUGCCUUUUUACGCCAUGCUUUCAGAUCACUGGUUAGAUACUACCAGUGUGCUUGAUAGGAAAUGCCAUCAACCCGAGCUUGUUUAUCUGGCUUUUAUUACUGACGCAUACAUUUGCCUGGUGAAAAUGUCUUAUCUGUGAAAUUAAGUGUUUCAUAAUUAUUUUGGCACAUGGUUUUGUCCAAAGGAACUUGCGUCUGAGGCAGAAAUCAGACCAAGCAUUUAGCUGAGAAGCUGUGGUUUCUAACACCAUGACAGAACAGGGAGAUCCUGUUAUUUUCAGAGCAUGACGAGUCAUAAUGCAAGAUUACCAAGAUUAUGCCAAGGACAACACACAGAACCACUGGAGCUUUUCCCCCCAAUGGUGGACUCGUCACUUGUGCAGUUUUGUCUCAUCUCAUACGUAAUGCUCAUCUUGUUUUGAGUUUGGCCAUUUUAUAGCCACAGAGCCUAAGAAUCUUGUACUAUUACCAAAAUAAUAAGUGUUUGACUAUGGAUAAGUGUAAGUAUAUAGUGGAUGCAUACUGUGUGAUUUCCUUUGAUUGUAGUUUUGUCAGCAGGAUUAGAAUAUUGGGUGGGAGUAUUGUGUUAUAUUAUUAGAUCCUGGGUUGGCGUCAGUGAAUUUUGGCUGACAUUUUAAAAUGAACACUGCUGCUCUAGGUUGAAAGCAUUUGGUAGAAGAACAGUUUGAGAUUUGAUUAAAGCCUUGGGUUUGCUGUAUUAUUUUGGCUAGGACUGAGGAGGUUUGUUAAAAUAGUCUGUGCCUGUAAUCAGAGAAUUCAGUUAAUGUAUGGUGUUGGUGUGUUGGGUUAAAAUAAUGAGCUGUAUUGUGUGACAGUAUUGGUUUAGCUCUACUGGGCUGUGUUUGGUUAGAAUGUUUGAUUGAAGCAUUGUGUACUGACUCAUAGAAUGGGAGGUGUACGUUGGAGGACUGAGUGCUGUAUUGAACCCCAGAAUGUCGUCAUCUCGUAUGUAUGAUAUGUAAUGGGGUGUGGACCUUUCUGAGAUGUGGUGGUUCCCACCCAUUAUCCUUAGUAUCUUCUCUCUCUUGGCAAUCCCUCUGUAUGGAGUAAAAUCUCUGCUUGCUAUGUUCAUGUGUCCAGGUUGAUGUGAUCUUGAGUGACUGUACAGUCCAAUGCGCGACUUGCAUCUCUUUGUAACCGACGUUGCUUUCUAGCUGCUCCCGAUGAUCUUUUCUUUGUUGUUCAAAGUUCUGAGUACCUUUGUGAACCAUGGAUCUCCAGACAGAUCUGUCGAUAGCUUUGUCUUCCCACGCAUCAGGAUUGAUACUACAUUGUUUUAUGUUAUGCUUCAGAUUGUCUUUGAUGCACUUUCGCUGUCCUCCUUGAGAUCGUUUGACAUUUUUGAGCUCUGAGAAGAAGAUCUGCUUUGGUAGACGAUCGUUGCUCAUGCGCACCACGUGGCCUGUCCAGCGCAGUUUACUUUUGAUGAUCAUAGCUUCCAUUCUGUUUUGUCCUUUGUAUCCUUUCUGGCCACAAGCUUCAGAAAGAUGAACAUUGCAACCUGGAUAUUCACACAUUCGUUACCUUUUGUGGCCUUUGUGACAGUAAAUAUUUAAUGUAUCUGCAAAGACUCGGUUAAUGAAUAACGAUCUGUAGCGAUGCAAUUCUUGGUAUUUUUUUCUUGGUAUGCUUUCUUCAUCCAUCAGUGAAUUGCAUGAUGAAAUGUGUUGCUUGAAGGCUAGAUCACUGUGAAUGCUCUUUCCUUUAGUUUGUGAGCGUCUUGCUGCCUUUCCGUAGCUGCAGAAAGAAUUUACUAUACACUGUAAAAGAAGUGCUGUGUCACUCGGGGAGAUUAAGAAGGAAAAAGAUCAAGUAAAUCAGACUGGUGGGCGUGUGAAUAAACGUUCUUCUGUGUAUGAGGAAGGGUAGAGACCUUCACGUUGUGUGGAAUGACACAUCCGUCUACCCAACUCAUACCCGCUUUGGGGGAGUGGUGGAGGAAUUCUGAUGAUGUAACAGUGAUGUCAUGCUCACUCUCUCUCUCUCUCUCUCUCUCUCUCUCUCUCUCUCUUUCCUCGUGCUCGCACUCCUCACCCACUUACCCACUACCAGUGACUGAGCAGUUUUACCUCUGCUCUUUGGCUUCCGCCCAUGUGUGCAAGUGUAUGUGCAUGUUUUGAGUUGCUUUGCCUCUGCUGGACGCAUGCCAGUGUCGACUGUGCCGAUUGGAGUGACGGGACUGGAGAGUGAAAGAACGAGACAGAGACUCGAUCCGUCUUAUUCGGAACUGUGGAGAAGCAAAAAAGCAAGUGCAUCAGGAAAACGAUGAACAUAGCGAGAGGUUGUUUAGGAAAAAGAAUAGCGAAAGGUUGUUUGCGUCUAAUCCAUUUCGAGCAAGUUGCUAUCAUCUGCGACUGCUAUGCGCUAACUUGUGAGCUGUUCUUCACUGGAUCCUUUGGUUUUUAGAGAUUCUGAGACUCAGCUAGUAAUGGAGGGAGCGAGCAAAUGUAAAAAAAAAAAAAAGAGAGAGAGAUGAAAGAGCCAGUGAAGGAGGAAACAGCUGAGCAGCUGUGGGCAGGCAGUUAGCAGGGUGGAGAAACAAGAGGGGAAGAUUUUACUCUGACUGGGAAAGUAGGAACUGGAUGAGCACUAAACAGGAAAGAAGAUUUUGAGGGCAGAUCAUUGUAAUUUGAAGCGACAAGACAUGCUUCCCUUGUUUCUCACACUGUUUACUUCUCUUCUCUGGACUUGGAGUCCCACAUCCCUCUUUCAUCUUUGUGGUUCUUCUGCCUCCUUCAUUUCAUGUUGGAGGAAACACAAAUCGGAGGCAAAUGUGAAUCGGCUAGUGUGUGAAUGAAUGCGAUUGUUGUUCUUUUUCCGUUUCUGGUUCCAGACCUGUCUUACGUUGUCCUGUGGUUCCAGUUUGGUCAUUGCCUAGCUCUGACCUCCUACCCGCCCCGUGUGUCCUGUGCGUCUCAUGCUUUAGGCCAAUCUCAAAUGUCUUCAUCCAUAAUUUCCCAAAAUGAAAAUGUACCACGGCAUACAAAAGCUUUGGUCAUCUCCUGUUUUGGGUGGACAGCAGCUUUUAAACGGUUUAUCCCGUACAGUUAUUAGGCUUAUGCUAGGGAAACUAGAUUGGAGACGAACGACAGACAUGACAAGAAGAUAGGAUGAGAAAUAAGCUACGAGUGGAGUGUUUGAGAGCAAAGCGUAUUAUGGAGUAGCGACUGCCGAAAAAUAUGCAUCAACAUGUACUGUGAAAUGAAGGGAAAGGUUCGAGCCACUCGAUUGUGUUAAGCGUUAUUCUGUAUUAUUUUUAGCAGAUGACAGCUGCCUGGGCUUGGAGAGAGCCUGCAUGAAGAUUGAACAGCUGCAGCCUCCAUGUUGUUGAGCAGUUCGAGAUUCAGGCAAAUCAGCUGCAAAGCAAACUUCAAAUCUCAAAAACACAGCUCGUUCUUUUGGCUUCCUGUCCUCUUUCAGGGAAAGCAAGUCUGAGUUGAUGUAAAAAAUGGUGCUGUGUUCAUCUCUGCAUCUCAUUCUUUCUCUUUCUAUCCACUGCGGCUGUUGCUAGCGUUCAUCCCCCUGUUCACGGCGCUCUCCUCCAUUCCAUAGUACGUGCCCAGUGUGAGUCAGAUAAUGGCCUCUCUCGCACUGCGCAAGCUGAAAAGAGGAGGGGGGAGGAGAAAAAGGAGGGAGAGAGAACGAGGGAGAAGAGAGAGAGAGAGAGAGAGGGAGGGAGAGCAGAGCGAUAGAGUAACACAGAGAGAGAGAGAGAGAGAGAGAGAUAAAGAGAGGAGGGGUUUAAGACGAAGCAGACCGUGAACGAGAAAAAGGGAAUGUAGAGAAAGGGACGAGAGGAGCGGAGAGACAUAAUGUGAGAAGGAAAAGGAGAGAGAGAGAAAGCGAUUGCAGCAGCAGUGGCGGCUGGAGGUAGAGAGAUUGAGAGAACGAGCGUGUGUGGGGGAAGUGUUUGUACGUGUGUGUGCGCGCGCGCGCGUCUGCACUUGCGUGUGCGUGUGUAUGCCGCACUGAGACGGAGAGGGAAACGGGAGAACGAGGAAGGAAGAAAAGAUUCACUACCAGCUAGGUCCAUGCACUUUUCUGUCCACUCCACCGUCCAUUGUCUCCACGGCUGCUCCAUCAGGACACACACACGCGCAAUACUGUUUCAGUGGUGGGUUCAGUGGAUGGCCCCAGCAGAAGUGGCCAGAUGGAAAUUGACCAUGGAUGCCUGGAGAAAGGCGUGUUGAACCAGGAGCUGUCCAAUGGGCUGAGUCAGCAUGGAGAAGAUACGAAUGGUCUUGAAGGUGAAGCGUUGUCAAAGUUUAGCCACCAGCACCAGGAGACAUUAACAUGCCUUCCCCAGACACCGGGAUGGGGGACUGGGAAUCCAAAAGGAGCCUCUACCCCCCAGCAGCAGGAGGAAGACUGGAGCGACCAGAGCACAAGUAGCUUGGGGAACAGUGUGGACAUGGAGAAUGCUAGAACUCUGGUGGCCUUCUCAGCUAGUGCAGGUUCCCUACCCCCUGCCCCUCAACCUCCUCAUAACCCUAGUACACCACUGUAUGAGAAAUUCAACCAAGAAAUGGCUAAUCGAGGGGAUGGUGAUAAGUCAAAAACAUGGAAUUGUGAUGAUCAGCAGUGCACUUCAGAGGAUUUGAACACCCUUCAGAUGGCUUUAAGUCAAGCUCGUCGUGGUCACAAGCCACCAAACUGUGACUGUGAUGGGCCUGACUGUCCUGAUUACCUUGAGUGGCUGGAGAAUAAGAUCAAAAUGGCAGGCAUUGUUCAGGAAAAAGGUCUUUGCAAGUCAUCAGGUGCUUCUCAGACAGAGCAACAACACUAUCAGUCUCAGCCACAACCUCAAUCCAAUGGUGCAAACUCCUCUUAUGGAUCGGAACCACAGUCACAGAAUGCUGUUAACCAGCCUCCAGCCCCAAGACCUUAUGGCCCCCUACCACCUAUUCCCUGUUCGCCCAGUGUGCUAUCCAUUGCUAAAGAGAGGAAUGUCAGUCUACAGACAGCUAUUGCCAUUGAGGCAUUGACCCAGCUAUCUGGCACUGGUGGGCCUGUGGGCGAGUCAACGUUUGGAAACUCUGACCACCAAGCUUCACUUCAGCUCCCCUCUCAAACCCAAGAUGGGCUGAGAUUAACUGUUUCAUCACCUGGGUCCCUUUCAUCAUCAUCUGCUUCCAGCAUACCCCAAUCUUUCUCCUCUGGGCAUUUCCCUCAACAGAAUCCUGGUUCAUGGGAGCAACACAAGCCUGAGUCGCAGGGUCCUGCUCAUCACUCCUCCCAAUACAGGUCCUCCAACUCCCCCUUUUCAACCUCACACACAUCCACCCCUAGUCCAUCACCGCACCAGUGGCAACAGAGCGCUGGAGCAAGCUGUGAGAAAAGCUCCCCUAGGAAUCCAUGGAUGUUGAAUUCUGAAACUCAGGAUUGUUUUCCCCGCCCAUCCCAUGGCAGUAGUGACCCAAUGUCUGAACUGAAACAGCUUCUGGGAGACAGCAGUGGAAAGUACACUGGUACUACCUUCAAGUUUCCUGCCCCACCUCAAAAUCUGAAGGAUAACCACCCAGUGAUGCCUCUUGUCAAACAGGAGGUCAACAAUGGGGACUACCCAGGUGAGUUGGGGGCAGCACUGGGCCAGUACAGGAUGAUAAAUAGUCAGCAGCAAUUUCAAGGCCAGCAGAUUUCUCAGUCUAUUAGGUACUCGACUCAGGCAGCACUGCAACAGCACCUUCAUCAUAAACGUAACCUCUUUUCUGGUCCUCAAACUUUUGAUCUGCGAGCACCAAUGACAUCCCAGACUCUCCGCAAAUGGUGGCCACAGUCCACACCAGAUUGUGCUCUAACCAUCAAGCAGGAACCCAGGGAACCCAAGAAGAAAAAGAACACACAGAGUUCUCCUUUCCUCAAGCAGCCUGUGGGUGGACUGCUUGGUUCAUUGGGCCCACCUCUUCCUAAACCUAAACAGAUUAUCAUUAAGAAGCCCAAGCAAAAGGCUUCUCAGCCUCUCUUUCUCCCACAAAGUCAGAUCACAAUACAGAAACCAAGCAUGCCAGUGAGUAUACCAUCCCUAUCCCAACUUACACCAUCUCUACCUAUCAUGGAGGCUACACUUCCUCCCUGUCUACCCCCAUGUAACUCCUCUCAGGUGGAAGUGAGCCAAGCAGCUCCAGCCCAAUCUCAGGAAUCAAGUUUGAACAGCAGUAGUACCCCCAUCUCUGGAGAUAACCCCCUAGAUUCCAGCCCUCUUAAUGUCCCUGUUCCCCCUGCCCAGAGUGGAUUGACGAGCUCAGAACCCACCACAGAAACUGAGGGUACCCUGGCCACCAUUUCCACAAGUCAGACAACCACAUCUCAGUCCACUCCACCUCUAUGUGGCCUCAAUUCCUUGGAUCCAAAAUUCGAGGAGCUGAUUCGUCAGUUUGAGGAAGAAUUCGGGGACACAUCUGCCUCUAUGACAGAUGCUCCGGAGCAGGGCCUUGCUCCUUAUGUAGUAACUGAGUCGCACCUAAAUUCUAACUCAGGACAAGCCAGACCCCAGUCACCACCCACAGAAAAAGAAAAUAACCUUCCUGUCCCAACAAGUGAGCCUGAACCCAGUCUGAAGCAGGCUGAGGGAGAGAAUGAGGAGACAUCUGUGUCCUCCAACAAGCUUUCUGCCAUCAAACAAGAAGUUGAAGAGUGUGGAGUAGAUGUUAAGCCCUCAGAUCAGCUGUUGGCUCUGGCAACGGAGGCUUACCUGCAGCAGCAACAUCACAAAAUCCUUGUAAACCCCUUCACCACAACCUGCUCUCCUCCACCCAAACGCAUGAAGAUUGAAUCAUCAGGUGGUGUAACGGUGCUCUCCACCACUGGCAAUUUCUCCACUGCAGGGGAGAAUCUAGAUACGCCCACAAAAGAGUGUUUUCCCUCAUCCCCUUCACUAAAAGGUUUUCUGGAAUCUCCACUACGCUACUUAGAUACCCCAACCAAGAGCCUCCUGGGCACACCUAUAAAGGAUGCUCAUGCAGAAUUCCCCAUCUGUGACUGUGUGGAGCACAUCCUUGAGAAAGAUGAAGGUCCAUACUACAAUCAUUUGGGAUCAGGGCCAACUGUGGCUUCAAUAAGAGAGCUUAUGGAGAACAGGUAUGGUGAGAAGGGUGAGGCUAUCCGUAUUGAGAAGGUAGUGUACACAGGGAAAGAAGGCAAGAGCUCCCAGGGAUGUCCUAUUGCAAAAUGGGUGAUUCGACGUAGCAACGAGAACGAGAAGUUGUUGUGCCUGGUGCGGCAACGUGCCGGGCACCACUGUGCCAAUGCGGUCAUCAUUGUUGUCAUCCUGGCAUGGGAGGGCAUCCCAAAGUCUCUUGGUGAUAAACUUUAUCGAGAGAUCACCGAGACGCUCACCAAAUAUGGCAAUCCCACCAGCCGCCGUUGUGGCCUCAAUGACGACCGUACGUGUGCGUGCCAGGGAAAGGACAAUGAGACCUGUGGUGCUUCAUUCUCUUUCGGGUGUUCUUGGAGCAUGUACUUUAAUGGGUGUAAAUAUGCUCGCAGCAAGACCCCCCGCAAAUUCAGACUGCAGGGAGAACACCCCAAGGAGGAGGAACUUCUCAGGGACAACUUCCAGGAUUUGGCUACUAAAGUGGCACCUGUAUAUAAGAAGCUGGCCCCUCAGGCAUACCAAAACCAGUGUGCAACUGAGAAAGCGGCAUCAGACUGUCGGCUGGGGCUUAAAGAAGGACGGCCCUUUUCUGGUAUCACUGCAUGCAUGGACUUCUGUGCCCAUGCUCACAAAGACCAACAUAACCUCCAUAACGGCUGCACUGUGGUUUGCACUCUUACAAAAGAGGACAAUCGGGCAGUGGGUGUAAUCCCAGAUGAUGAACAGCUUCAUGUGCUUCCGCUUUAUAAGAUAUCUUUGACUGAUGAGUUUGGCAGUGAAGAGAACCAGCGCAUGAAGAUGCAGACCGGUGCAAUCCAGGUGCUCAGCAAGUUCCGCCGGGAGGUCCGGAAGCUUCCAGAGCCUGCCAAGUCCUGCCGGCAGCGACGGCUAGAGGCCAAGAAAGCUGCAUCUGAGAAAAAGAACAAGAAACAGCAGCUGUCGGAAACACCCGAAAAGAUGGUUAAGAAAGAAAUUUCCCUGCAAGGCAAUAAAGAAAUUCCAAAAGAAGAGGUGAAGCCCACCAUGAAAAAAGAAUUGGUUGACCACUUUCAGGCUUUCAAUGGAGUCUUGGAUGGCUACUCGCCCCUUGGGAAUGCCAAAAUGUGUCCUGACCCCUACAUUAUAAAUGGUGCCUACUCUUCCUAUCCUGGUCCCUAUGCAAGAGGUAGCCUGCCUUCCAACAGCCAGUCUUCUACACACAGCCCCAUCAAUGGCUUCCAUCCAAACCUCCAAGGGAUGUCCUACAGUUACUACAACUAUGCGCCGAAAGGACUUUUACCCCCAGAAGUCUUGGGUUAUGUGGGUCAUAAUGGGACCUGUCCCAAGGCUGCUGGAGAAGAACAGAAACCCAAUAUCCAGAGUCUUCAGACCAGGCUGGUACCAAACCAUGCUGAUCACCACCACCACCAAGGGGUCACUAUGGCCAACCACAGCUACCUACACGAGUCUAAGCUUUCUGAGUCCCCAGCACCACCUAAACGUACUCCAUCUGCACCUCCAGAUCAGAUGCACCAUGCAACUCCGAUCAUCAAGCAGGAGCCCAUGGAAGUACCUCUAUAUGACAGAACUGUUGGACACGUCCGAAGUUGCCCCGUCACUCCCAGUGUCACCCCACAACCCGACACCUGGCUGGGGCACACACCUAAUGGCAGCUUAGCAUCCAAGGGCUGGGAUGGAAAUCUCAGACCAGGUCAAGUUCAUUCACCCUUCACUCCAGAAAAGCAACGGCUCCACCAGCAGCACCAUAGCCAAAUUCAGCAUUCUAAAUAUGCCCAACAGCAGCAGCAAUGGCGCUCCUACCCUGGAACUCCAGUAGCCUCCCCUGAUCCCUCUCCAACCCUUAAGACAGGCCCAUCUCCAGCUCCUUCCCCUCACCCAGCUACCCCACAACACUGGAGUAGUCCUGCCCCCAGUCCACAGCCCAAGGCUUGGGGUCAACCAGGGUCCUUGGGUUAUGGUCAUGGGGGACUUAGACAGGGAACCCCUGUUGGGGCUUUCCCAGACAAGAUGCUGGCUGAGGCAGCAGAGAUCCAAGGAUCCACUCCCCUGGGCCUCCAGGAGAGGGCAUGGAAAUCUGGAGGUGCCUCUGCAGCAGGAAGCAAUCCGUCCCCUGCUCCAGAAGGUCGUCUGUUUCCAGAUGCACUGCAGAAAGUGAAUGGACAGGCAUGCUGGGAUAGUGAGAUAGAAAGUGAACGGGAGCCUGAAGAGGAGGUGUGGUCAGACAGUGAGCACAACUUCCUGGAUCCCAAUAUUGGAGGUGUAGCAGUGGCUCCUGGACAUGGUUCCAUUCUCAUUGAAUGUGCCAGACGGGAGCUACAUGCCACCACACCCUUGAAAAAACCAGAUCGCAGUCACCCUACCCGCAUCUCCUUGGUGUUCUACCAGCAUAAGAAUUUGAAUCAGCCCUGUCAUGGACUGGCACUGUGGGAAGCCAAAAUGAAGCUGCUGGCUGAGAGAGCGAGGCAGAGGCAACAGGAGGCCGCUCUUCUGGGCCUUUCACAGGAAGACAUCAAAGCUUACGCAAAGAAACGCAAGUGGGCUGAUGGAUUAGUGAGUUCCACCUCUGAGCCAACCAAGGACAAGCGGGAAGGGGUUACACGACUGGCCCCCACACAGCACACCACCACCAUGGUCACAGUAUCACCCUACGCCUUCACUCGGGUCACAGGGCCCUACAGUUGCUUCAUGUGACCUCAGUAAAAUGGGAGCAGGAAAUAGAAGUACAGGAUGGAAAAGAAAAAUCCCAUUCUCCUUAUGGCCCUGUAUUUCUCUCUACUCUGUAUCCCGUCCCAGACCAACGAUGGUGGAUGAAGAAAUACAUUUUUUAAAUUUUUUAUUUUAUUUUAUUUUUUUUACCUCAUGUUUUGGUGGCAGUUUGGGAGUCCCCCAAAUGAACAUGCUACCUAUGGUGCUCUUGUUCUCUCCAAAAUGGAAGGGAUUCUAGUUUACCCUUCCUAAGUGAAUUUAAUGAUUCUAAUAUUAUUUCUAUUAUCAAUAUUAUAAUUACUAUUGUUGCUGUUGAUGUUAUUGCAGGUAUUGUUAUUAUAUUAUGAAGAUGACUAUUUUUAUUUUAACUGUAUUGUUUUUCCUCAGUGUCAUUAUUAUGAUUGUUUUAAGAUUUCCCCCCCUCGCUUGAUGAGGAACAAUCUCGUCUUCGUCGCUCUUGCUUGUUCAAUAUGAAUGUCUGAACGAGUUGAAUGAAUUUUGCGCUUUUUUUUUUUUUUUUUGCCUUU